GUACGUUCUAGUAAAUCUACCAGACCUAGAAAGUGGCUCCGUACGCUCUUGGUCCGGGACCGAGCCUGUCUCGAGAACGAAGAAGAGGGACUGUCGAUGAUGGUUUGAGUUCUUCAUGGGAGGAGAAGUUUGCCGUUGCGCCGGGAAAAGCCCUAGCGCCUGUCGAUCGAGGGGGAAGGAGGUGCAUUCUCAGCAGGCGACGAGUCGAGCGGCAAUUGUGGUGUGAUCGUAGCGGCCGGUCUCCUAGGGUUUGAAUCCGCGGGACAGGGAUCCGCUGGAGCGCUGUUGAAUUGGCCGGCGGCUUUUCCACGGAUUCCAGCUGCUGCAAGGUAUGCCGUGAUUUGGCGAAGGACACACCGGGGCAUGCUGUGAUCAGCUCGGAUGUUUCCAGCCAUGGCACCGGAGAGGCGAUUGUUUGGCGGAGCUUCCCCUCGCAGUGGAAAUGUGGUUUCGGAAAGGGAGAUUUCCAGACAGCAGUCGCGAGAUUUCUUCGUGGAGGAUCCGAUGGAAGAGGGAUUGAGCGACAUCCAUAUGGCAUCGCGCAGAGCGGAGGAGGCAGCGCAUAGGCGAUUCUUAGCUGCGCGAUGGCUACACGAGAUGCUUGGGGGGCUGGGCAUUUCCAAUGAGCCUAGCGAAGAAGAGCUCAAGUUUUCCUUGAGGAAUGGAAUGGUGCUUUGCAACCUUCUCAAUAAGAUACAUCCGGGCAUUAUUCCAAAGAUUGUGGAGAGUCCUCCUCCAUCCAGCCCACCCGAUGCUGCCCUGUCAGCGUAUCAGUAUUUUGAAAACGUGAGAAACUUUCUGGUUGCUGUGGAAGAUCUCCGGCUACCAAGUUUUGAAGCAUCCGACUUAGCUGAGGGUAGUUUAUCGUCUGGGACGUUGUCGAAAGUGGUGGACUGCAUUUUGGCGCUCAAGGCAUAUCACGACCAGAGAGAGGGCAAGGGAUUUAGUCCUUGGAAGUAUGGUGUUCACAAGCUUUCUGGUACAAAGAGUCCGGUGAAGGGGCUGGAAGACAUGUACGAGCCUGCGAUAACACCGAAAAGCAGCCAUACGAGGAAACGUUGGGCAAUUCCUGGCGCAGAUGUACCGGAGGCUACUGAUAUUUCUGUAGCAUACGAGGCAGGCUCUCCUAUUGGUCACCGAGAUAGAUCUCCCUCACUCAAUGGUUUCUACCAAGGAUAUGAUACUGGCUUGGACUCCGAAAAUCUGAUGUCAGCCUUUGCUUCGCCAGAUUCCACUGCCGCUCGUUUACAACAGAUUGGCCAAAGGUUCCGAGAAGUUCUUCAAGUGAAGAGAGUGCAAGAUAUUCAGGCAUCGGAUCUGGAUACUAAUCCUAAUUUGAAGGGCCAACCCGUGCAGUCACUUCCGAGCCUGGUUAAGUCUAUUAUUAGUGACAAGCAACCUGAUGAAGUCCCAGUCCUCGUCGAGUAUAUGAUAAAAAAGGUGACGGAUGAAUUUGAACGGCGGCUUCGUUUACAGGGAGAGCAAGUAAAGAAGCUAAAAUCUUUGCACAAAGAUCUGAUGGCGCGAGAAUGUAAGCUGUCAUCGAGGGCUAAGGUGCUGGAGGCAUUAGCUGCAGGUUCAGGCGAGGAAAUAAAGCUUGUUACUCAACAAUUGCAGCAAACCAAGAUGGAGAACAAAAGACUUGAGGAAGAGAAACGGAUACACGAAAGUGACACCGAGAAGCUGGUACUGGACAGAGAUCAAAAGCAGACCACAAUCGAGAUUCUUACAAAUGAACUUCAAGUCAUGAAAGCUGAUCAGAGGAAGAAGUACGAAAUGGAGAUUGAAAAUGAGAAGUUAAUGGAGGAAUAUAAGCGAAAGCUUUCGGAAAUGGAUGCGAAACUUGAAGAUUCUUUCAGUCAGAUGCGGAGUUUUGAAGCCAGUGUGUCUCUUGAACGAAAUGAGUUCAAGAAUCGCGAAGAUCGGUACAAACAAAUAAUCUCUUUCCAGUCCAAUGCACUUCAGAAUCUGAAGCAUACCUCUGGACUUAUCAGAACAGGAACGCUCGAAAUGCAGAAAUGUUGGCAAGAUCAGCUUAUUAGACUUGAAAAUGAGUUAACAGGACUAACAGAAGCCGCUCAAGCGUACCACGACGUUCUUGCAGAGAAUCGCAAGCUGUAUAAUGAAGUACAGGACUUGAAGGGAAAUAUUCGUGUUUACUGCCGAGUUAGACCUUUUCUUGUUGGUCAGAAAGAUCAAGGGACUUGCGUUGAUUUUGUUGGUCAAAACGGGGAAAUCAUGGUCGCAAAUUCGACAAAGGGAAAAGACUCUUAUAAGAUGUUUAAUUUUAACAAGGUCUAUGGCCCUCAAGCUCCACAAGACGAGGUUUUUCUGGAUGCGCAGCCUUUGAUUCGAUCGGUGCUUGAUGGUUUCAACGUCUGUAUUUUUGCGUAUGGACAGACUGGUUCUGGAAAAACAUAUACUAUGACAGGGCCAAGUUCAACUGCAAAACAAGAUUGGGGGGUUAACUACCGAGCACUAAACGAUCUUUUUCAAUUAUGUCAAAGCAGGAGGGACGCUUUUGCCUACGAAGUUGGGGUGCAAAUGAUUGAGAUUUACAAUGAACAAGUGAGAGAUCUCCUGGCUGCUGAUGGUGUGAGCAAGAGACUUGGCAUAAGAAGCUCUUCGUCACUUAAUGGCGUCCACGUACCUGAUGCUGUUAUGAUCCCCGUUGCAAAUAGCUCAGAUGUGCUAGAAAUCAUGGCUGUCGGACAGAGGAACCGUGCUGUAGGAGCUACAGCUCUUAAUGAACGCAGCAGUCGAUCUCACAGUGUGCUGACUGUGCAUGUGCAAGGCACAGAUCUUGCAAAGGGCUGCAUUCUUCGUGGCUGUCUCCACUUAGUUGAUCUCGCGGGAAGUGAGCGAGUGGAGAAGUCAGAGGCGACUGGAGACAGAUUGAAGGAGGCGCAACAUAUCAACAAGUCUUUAUCGGCUUUAGGGGAUGUUAUUGCAGCUUUGGCUCAAAAGCAGACGCACAUCCCUUACCGAAAUAGCAAGCUAACACAACUCCUUCAGCAUUCUCUGGGUGGUCAAGCAAAAGCUCUGAUGUUUGUCCAUAUAAACCCGGACAAUGAUUCAUACGGGGAGACAAUAAGUACAUUGAAGUUUGCAGAGAGGGUGUCAAGUGUUGAGCUUGGUGCCGCACGUUCGAAUAGAGAAGCGAGCGGAAUUCGAGAAUACAAGGAGCAGAUAAUGUCCUUGAAAGAGAUACUGGCCAAAAAGGAUGCAGAAAUAGAGCGCUUGCAAGCUUCGAGGGUCCUUCGUAGCAGCAUGGAGGUGGAAAAACAGAAACUGAGAGUGUCUCAGUCCACUCGCUCCAUUGAUGCCCGGAGUAGGAGAUCUGUCGAAUUGCGCAGUAUGGAGGCUGGUCGUGCUCCGAGUCAAGAUGAAACUGCUGCCGAAGAUAUACCGGAUGUUACUUUGCCGGAAACGCCUCGCAGGUCCGUGGACGGCGACGCCUUCGUAGUUUUUGAGAACAACGUACCGGGGGACUGGCCAGCUAUGGAGAAUAACUACGAGGACUUGUCUGAAGGAGAGGCGUCCCAGGAUUCUUUCACGGUGGCCAGCGACCAAUCUCAGACCAUGAGAGCAGCAACAAACAGCUCAAGGCCAGGUCUCAAUGCCAACGAGCUACGCUCAUUGUCUCAAAUACCUCGGCCUCCACGAAGUGAGAAGAAGCUCCCCAGCGCAGUGUCAAUGGCUGGAUUACGGAGAUUGUCGGAUAUUCCGCUGGCGGCGGUGGCUUCGGAGGAACUUGCGAAGCGAGGUUCCAAGCCGAGCUCUAUUCGACAGUCGGGGAUUCUGAUCCAAAAUGGCGCUGGUGUUGGGAAGCUGUCGAAAAGUGUGACAAAGGCUUGUGGAAGUUCCUCCGGGACUGGGAAGACUUGAAGAGGCUCAGCCACGAUGAUUACGUCAAUCCCCAACAAGUUCACACUGCAGGGUGCCGAAGCUCGUCUGGCUGGAAGAUUGAUGGAGUUCGGAGUUUCUCUUGAGGUGCUAUUUGGAUUUGAGUUAUGGCAAGGGACACGAAACACACUACGUUUAUGGUGGUGACCUUGCUUGCCAAGACCUGUUCAUUUUGUUGACAAAGCAGUGAAUUGGAUAGUCGGGUAGCUUGGCUGAAAAAAACUAUCACAAAUAUAUUGCUAUUAAAUUAUAUUAAAAGUUACAUUUUUUUAUU